AUUUUAGUUGUACGUGCUGAUCUCUUCGAAUCGUAAAGGAAUAACUCAAUGGAUUAUUAAUUAUGAGGGGCUGAGGAGAGCGAAGUACCUCUUUUUUGACGAACUGCUGGAAGACUUGAGUCAGAAUGAUGGAACAGGAUGAAUCAAGAGACUUUAAAACCCUGAAGGCACGGUUCCAGGGUGAAAAUGGUCUGAAGAUCCAAACUAAACCUGCCCUCCCAGAGAAACCCAAAACCAUCCCUCCAUCGACAAAAGUCAGCAAUACUUUGAUCUCAUCCAUCAAUGCUGCUGUGCAAAAAGGGUCGCUUCAUGCACCACGUGUAGUCUUCAAGGAGGACAAAAAUCUCAGUCGCCAGCUCUCUCCACCUUGGGGAUUAAAGACCAGAGAGAACCAACCCAUAAAUAAUGAUGAACUGCUGGAUAAUAAGCAGGUCAACACUGUUAAGCAGAAUCUGAAAGACAGGAAUCUUCCGCUGGUUCUGCCUGUGGCUCCAAAAACUAAAACUCCAGAGCCCGAUUCCAGUCCACCUACACCUAUGUCCGCUUCACCAGUCAAAGUGACGACACCCAAAAAGUUUGUAUUUACCCCUCAAAAAACGAACAAAGAUGAAUGUGAGAAAACAGACCCUGUGAAGGAGGUGAACACUACCAAAAAGUCUCUGAAGGACAGGAAUCUUCCGCUGGUUCUGCCUGUGGCUCCAAAAACUAAAACUCCAGAGCCCGAUUCCAGUCCACCUACACCUAUGUCCGUUCCACCAGUCAAAAUGUCCACACACAAGAGUUUUGUAUUUACUCCUCAAAAAACUAGCCAAGAUGAGAAUGAGAAGGCAGACACAGUAAAAGAGUUUGCCACUGCCAAAAAGUCUCUGAACGACCGCAAUCUUCCACUGGUUCUGCCAGUGCCUCCAAUAAAAGUUGAUACCCCAGAGCCUGAACCCAGCCCCUAUACACCUCGGAAUUACACACCCAAUAAUUUUGUGUUUACCAUUCAAAAAAAUAGCAAAGAUGAGAAUAAGGAGGCAAAUACAGUGGAAAGACCAACACCAGCUAGUCGUACCCCUGCUCCAAGUCACCCAGCUCCUGCUGGCCCAACUGUAACAGCUACUCCCCCUACUCAAAGGGUACCUGUUGUUCCUAAGGCUGUUGUACCUUCUCAGACUUCAAUUGGAAUAACUUCUUUCCCCAACAUUCCUGCCCCAAGUAUUCCAGCUCUAGGCAGUUCAACCUCUGCCAGCCCUGAGCCAAAGAUUCCUGAAUCAGCCAUCCCAACACCAUCUCAAGCUAUUCCUAAAUCAAAACCAGAAACCUCUAUUUCAUCUCCUCCUGACACUGAAUCUUCCAAACCAAAUAUACAUGUGCUCAGUUUAUCAGAAGUAUUUCCUCCCCCUAAAGGAAGUCCACCUACAGAAUUCACUGAUAUUCCGCCCCCUGUUUUUGAUGAAGACUUUCCAGAUGGAGGCUUUUCUGAGCAAACCAUACCCACUCCAGCAAUACGUACAUCUAUUGCCCCAGUUCCCAGGAGUCAAGUUGUCUCCAGGUCCCCUGCCCCAUCCACCCCUCCAGCGGUAUCUCCAGAGCCCUUGGUGAAUCCCUUCGAAUAUACACCUGCUCCAGUCUCAAGCCCUCCUCCAGAAGUUUAUACUCCUGCUGCACCUCUAGACGUGUUACUGGAGAAUGCAAAAGCUCUGACUGACAAGGCAGCUAUUAACCAAGAGAGGUCUAAUGAGGACCAGUCCUCAACCAAGCCGCUUUCAGCCCUCUCAGCCUUGGCGAGAGCAGAGGAGAUGGCCUCUGUAAAACGGUCACCAAAUGAUAGCCGUGUAUUUAACCUUCUGGAAAAGGCCAAGAGAAAGUUUACAGUGAACCCACUGGCUACCACACCUGAAAAUACAUCUAUACCUGAAAAUACAACCCUAGUUGAGACAGCUACACCCAAGAUACCUCUGCCUGAAACUCCCACACCUCUGCCUAAGACUGCCACAGCUGAGGUGACCCAACCUGAUCUAGCUCCACUUGAAAAAACCUUACCACAGCUUGCCACAACUUUAGAAACCCUGCCUGAGGAAGCCCAACCUGUACCCGAAGUGUUUGAUAUCCCUAAACUCCCUCCAGUUGACUAUGUGAAUCAUACUCGGUUGCCACCUAAAACUUACCCACCUGAAACUGUUGAAGUUAAUGGCUUUGAUCACAGGGUGGUGACAGUGGUCAAACCAGUGAAUCCUCCUCCCCCACCGCCUAGGAAGGCUCUGCCAGCCUUACCCAUUGUGGAUCCCCCACUUGAGAAACCAACUCAGUCUCCUGCCAGAGACCUCCAGAUUCCCACAACACCAUCUGAACCUCUAGAAACACAUGAAGAAUCACUAUAUGACAACUCAUUUGAGUUUUAUGAAGAUGUUGAGGAACCUAAGGCUCCAGCAUUUUCAACCUUUAGGCCUCCAUCAGUACCAUCAUCAGCUUCUAGUACCAAAAGGCCAAUUUCAGCUUAUGAGGAAGCCUUCCUGAGACAGUUGAGCCCAAAACAGCAGUUGAAAGAGGACAUGUUUCCGAACAUGGAUGAUAGAGAUGUGGAUUAUGGGUCUAUGAACUCUGGCUCUCCAUUUCCAGAAACUCAAGCUGCUGUAAAUCAGGACUCAGUGCGAAGCUCUCCUGCCUUGACUCCAUCAGGGACUCUUGAAAGAGGUGACAAUGUCUUUGAUGAUCAAGUAGACAGUAAAAAAAGCAAAACGACAAAGACUAAGAAACAGAAAGGACCUCCAAAGAAUCCAUAUGCUGAUGCUCCAGAUGCAGUGGAGGAGGCUCCCAAGAAAAGCUUGUUCUCCAGGAAGAACUCAGGAAAAGUGGCAGAUGACAAAGAGCUAAAGAAAAAAGAGAAACAGCGAGAAAAGGAAAAAGAGAAAGAGAAGGAGAGGGAAAAGAAGGAGCAGAAAGAAAAGGAAAAGAAAGAAAAUGAAAUGAGGAAAAAAUUUAAGAUCACAGGCCAGGAAGAGCCCAUUUAUCAUGUUAAAGUGUUAGAGGACUGUAAAGGCAGUAAAAACGACCUGCCGGUGAAGGUUGGAGACACCGUGAGCAUCAUCCGUACCAACAACUGCCCUAAAGGAAAAUGGCUGGCAAAGGACAGCAACAACAAAUACGGCUACGUCCCGGUGGAGAGUGUGGAUUUGAACAUCAGUGGCAUUAUGGAGCUGGGGAAGAUGACAACGGCAUCUAACAGACUCAACGGCAAUGGACUCAGAGACCCAGAGGUCACCAGUACAGGCAGCAGGACCUCCGAGCAUUACGGCAUGAACCAUGAGAGCUUCUCAGAAGACAGUGAUGAGUGGACAUGUGAUGAUGAUGAUGACGACCCUGUGUUUGGCUCUGCUAAUGAAACAGCACACAUAGCGCUGAAUCAAUCACACGCCACACCAGCACAAGAUCCUGUUCACCAAGACCAAAGUGAUUCAACUUAUAUGAACGUGCUAAGAAAACAGGAAGCGAUUCAAAAACUCUCCACAUUCUUUAUGCAACCCAAGACGUCCUCUCAGCCUCUACCACAAAACAACAGCCCAAUAAUGCCAGAGCUCACACCAGAGGAUCCUGACAGCUUAAAUAAAGAGGAAGAUGAUUUAGAUGUCUCGGACCUCCAGAUUCUUCCUCCUCCGGACCUGUACGCCGACAUCAUGGCUGGAGGCUCCAUGCCUAUUUACAGCAAGCCAAUCAAACUCGUCUCAAAAUAGUCAAAUAACUCCAGCUGCGAGGGGGAAAGACGAACUGCGCUGGAUCUUCACUGUUUCUGAGUUCAUAACCCUCCUGUGGGCUGUGUUUUGAUGAGCACCACAGUAAUUGUCACCCACACAAGCUCAAACGGAGACGUGUCUGUCAAGUGGGAAGAAUUAUGUUUGUGAUUGUGCAUCAGUCUGUAAGUGGCUGCAGGCGAGUUCUUCUAUAUUCAUGCAUAAUAUGUUCAUUCUGUGAAAAAAGGCCCAUGUAUGGUGUGGUGAGAAGCUCUUCGGAUUAUUUAAACCAUUAGAUCUAAGUGUUAGUUAUGAGUUAUGUGGCAAAGACAGUCUGUCUAGUCUGAGGUUGUCUGAUAAUUUUAAAAUCCUUAAUUAAACAAUUUGAAUAAAAAAAAAUGACAGCUUGCGCAGGUUAAAACAGCUUCACAUCUGGGUUCAGUUUUAACAGUUUAUUGCAAUGUCAACAUUAAAAUGCAGUUCCUAAGUCAUCAUUAUUUUUGUGGUAUCAUUUACUUAGAAGUUUAGAAUUGCAAUUUAAAGGUUUUUAUAAACAUACUUUGUAUUUGUAUUAGAUGAAUUAGUAUUAUAUUAUUUGUUUUAUAUUUUACAAGCAUGUUUAAGUAUUCCCAGUCUUCAAGGUUACUCUACAUGAGGGAAAAUAUGCUCGUGCUUGUAGUGCAAGUUUAAGUGUUGUUUAUUUUGUAAAAGUUUUCUGGUGAAGACGAUACAUGACACAGUUGUGUAUCUUCAGCCUUUGUUAUUUCAAAAUAGUUGCUCUGUUUAUUUUAAGUAAAGGAUUCAAAUGUUUGGAGUCUGUCAGAUGUUUUCAAAUGUCUCUUAUGC